UGAAUCUGCUUCAGAGAUCUUUCCGUCGUUGUCGGGGUCAGACGUAGCUAUCUCCGGCUUCUCCUUUGAUCUCCUCUUAGUUUUCUUAGUUGCCUCGUCCUUAGUGGUCGUCCCUGGUAGUAAAUAAGUAGUUGGUAGUGUGUUAGUGAUAGAUACGUAGCCAUUAACACUAGCACCACUUCCCGUCAUCCUUCCUUCCUCAAACACACACUCGGAGAAAGCACGGUUUAAAUUCCCUAAAUUAUUGAUACAUUCGGAGAAAGCUGAGCAAACUUAAAUGUACAUUUCCUCCCACUUACCAACCUCACGCUCAACUCAUUUCUGACUUGUAAGCAAACAGCUACAUACAACAUUGCAUUUUAAAUGUGACCAGGAGAAAGUGGAGCAUCGUCUUCAUCAUCCAUCGCUCCAGCUCCUUGUCCCCACAUUACAUAAACUGCAGUGUGGUGGUGAAAGUAGUGCAGCUGAACUGAAAUCCGUCCCUCAAGGUAGAUAACCAUAAUGGCGCUGGAGGGGAGAUUGACCACUCUCCAGACCAAGGUUGACCUGUUGUUGGAAUUAGUCAAGGAGCGAGAGGGGAAAACUCUUGGUGGAGAAAGUACGAAACAGGAGAAAGUCGACGACUAUUUGUCGCAACCCAUUCGGAGUCCACAGGCUGAGAUUCGCUCCUUGGAGUUGUGGAAGUCUGUUGUGGCGGAAUGUCUGGGCACCCUCUGCUACGUCUUUUUCGUCUGUGGAGUCUCAAUACCCUGGACUGGACACUUUCCACCGUUUCUGAGCAUCGCCAUCGCCUCGGCGCUGGCCUACGGAGCACUUACCUACCUAUUUCCUGGGUCUCAUCUUAACCCCACCUUCACCCUGGCUCUGGCCUCCAUCAAAUGCAUUUCUCCGCUGAGAUCAAUUCUAUUCGUGACGGCCCAGGCUGGUGGUGCGAUUGCGGGAGCGAGCUAUCUCUACGGAAUCACAGUGCCAGGCUAUCAGGGUAGUUUGGGGACUACAACCAUCGCUUCUCAUGUCACUCCUAUCCAGGCAUUUGGGAUGGAAUUUAUCCUGUCGUUUGUCAUUACCCUAACGUUCAUGGCCGAUCCAAGGAACAGCCUGCCAACCACAGCAGCUCUGCUUGGUGCCACUCUUGUAUCGCUUCCAGCCACAGGAGCAGGUCUCAACCCCGCGCGGUCAUUGGGGCCAGCCUUUGUAAUGAAUAAAUGGACGGCACACUGGGUGUUUUGGCUUGCACCAAUUUUCGGAGGAUUGCUGGCCGGCUAUCUCCACAAGUACAUUUUGAGACGGGGUCCCAAAGCUCGUGGAAAGAAGGUGAGGGAAAGCACGAGUGACGGAGACUCACUGGACGACCUACCCACGGCUGCACUCCCCACGACAACGCACGACAGACUCCUCGUCGAACGAUUUGAGCCCUUAUAUAGCGGAACACGCUCUUUAUAUAUGAAACCAUCCCCUGUCUUACCAAGAACAAACUUAAGUCGCUCCCAAUCUGUCUACGCUUCCAAAAGACUAGAGUACAACCACUCUAAAUUCGAAACUCUACGUAAACAAACGACGCCUCACUCAACCUCUGGACCUCACUCACACCAUGGCCAUCAUCCUUAUGGGGAUUCUAACUACGAAUCUCUCUACGAGAAAAAAUCAUGCCCCGAUAAUAAUAGCCAUCCCGCACCACCGUCAUGUUCAGAAACUACCGGUGGGACUGGAGGUGGUGGAAAUUUGCUAAUGUCUGGACCGCCGUCGUAUGAAUCCAACUAUUACAAAACCUAUGAUACAGCUCCACUCUCAGAGAGAGGUCACCACCACAAACAUGGACAUCACAAGAGAGACCCAAGUGAUCUUAGGGACAAUCACGCUAAUCGAAUUCUGGCCCAAUACGAAACAUCAAAAGGACUUGUUGACGUGGAUGCCCACGCGAUGAAAUCUCAUAAAUCAUCCCUUUUCUACGAGUCAGAGUACUCCACGAAGGAGAAACACAGCAAUGGCAAAAGUAGCAACAGCGGAACUAUCGAGAAAAAGCUGAUUGACACAUGUUCAUCCCUUGAUGGAGAUCAUCCACCUCCACGAUUUCGGAUGCAAAUGCCAACAACUCAGCAACGCUACCCUCCACCUGGACAAUGUUCAGAGUCCAGUGAUUGCAGCCGGCACAAUUCUACCGGGGGACCAGCAGGAACCCAUGGGAAAGACUUGAGCACUUUUCCUAAAAAACCUUACGAGCUUCUUGAUACAACAAGAAAAUUGUUAGAUUUCAGUCCAAAUCACUCUCAGCCUAACAGCAGUCUACCAACUCCCAACUCCACAGCUAAUUCCAACUACACUGCCAGGCUUCUCAUGGCAGAGAAAGAUUCGACGUACUCCAGGAUUCUAGAGCCUUUGAUGAACUCAAAGCCUUUACCUCCCGGAAGUAACUCCAACAAUAACUUUAGUCGAAUGUCCCCGCAUGACCAGUUUAUGUACUCUUACCACUAAUUUAAAUUUUAAAACUACUUACUCUCCAAUUCAUUCAGUAGUACAAACAUCAUGUGGCAAUGUAAUGUGUUAGCAUAUUUGAACUGUAAUUCGUCACUAUUCCACACAUUUUUAUUUAUUUUAAACACAUUUCACAUAUCAGUAUACAGCCAAUCACUUGUCCCAAACUAAAUAUGUGUAGAACUCGAGUUCCUAUGUGUAGGAAUUAGUAGACUGCUGGCGAAAUGUUUUUUUUAUUCCAGUUGACGUGUUCCUCUUGCUAUAGUUUUAUGUAUGACUCUCAUUGUGAUACGCUUUAUACUGUUUUUUAACGAUGAACAUAUUAUGGACUAUUAUGGAUCAAUGAAUUAUUAAAUAUAUUAAGUGAUAAUCUUCUAAAUACUCUGUAGCUAUUGUAGAUUUACUACAGUCCAGUGGACGCCUGGUAUGUAUGUUAGCUAAUCAAUGUAUGUAACAUUUCUAGUUUUAAAGCCUAAUUAAGUUUUAGCUACGUGCCAAUUAAUGUAUUUAUUAUCAAUAUUAUGUAAUGUACUAUGUUAUGCGAUGAAUAUGAAAUUGUUUCACAUGAUCGCGAUAGGUUUAACGAAAGCGUUCCAACAUUUUACUUUUGUAAAAAAUAAAUCUACAGAGUGCUAGAAUGAUUCUUAAAUCUUGUAUUAAAUCUUAUUUGAGUAGUAUAAAUAUAUAACUACCUGUAUAGUUCUUUAGGUGUAUGUUAUACAUAUCGAUGGCGCAUUGCAUGCGCUUAUUAACCCUGACAAAAGCUCAACUGCAAAUAGUUUUCAUUCAUUAUGCAGCGAUGGAAAAACUUAUGCUGACUAGAACCUGGUUGUGGAGUUGAGAAAUCGAGUCAAUAAUAAAUUAGUAAAAAAAAAUCAGUCGUCAAAAUUAAAUGAUUUUUACUAGAUUUUACAUUUUCUAAAUUCUGAUAUUAUAUGGCAAGCAAUGUUUGCAUGAGAUAUGAUGUAAAAUUAUUUUAGAGACUCUCUUUUUCAACUCUCACGCCUCGUCCAAAGUCAACGUAGCGUAUUUCUGUGGGUGCAAAUGAACUACUGAAAAUUGUAGAUAGUAGAAUAGUUCAAUUGUAAAUAUGCUCGGGAUUUUGCAUAAUUGUGGUUAAUUUAAUCGUGGUAACUUUUAAAUAAACUAUAUACAAAAUAUUCUAUUCUUUGUUAAAUACUGCUCUUACCGUUUGGAGAAUCUCCUGUGGUCCAGAAGCCAUUGAUAUUCAACUAAAUGUAAAAUUUACAACCUUUCAAGUGCUCUAAAAUUUUGCAUAAUGCACUAUUUUUCUAUUGAUACUAGUGAUUCUACACAAAUAAUAUGAUAUAACUCUACAAAUCUGUUUGGAAUGCUAAACUCUUUUUAAUGAUUACAUUAUUCUGCAAAUUUUAAAAUCUCUUUGUACAACGAAAUUAAUGUGUUGUUCAAUUCAUUGUAGUGAUUAAUGCAUAAUAAUAAUAAUAAUAAUAAUCGUAUAUAUGUUGAUGUUCAUUACUAUGUCUUAAACUUCAAAUAAAUCAAAACAUUCGAGAUA